CUGAGGCCUCUCUGCCCAUCGGCCUCAGAGCCAGCUCUGGUUGUGCUGAGAUGGGGCUGCCCCGGCCAGCGCUGGGGCUGAAGAGGCUCUGGAUACUCUUGCAGGUGGCCUUGCAUGUGGCCGUGGGCAAAGUGCUACUGGUACUGUGUCCCGGCAGAGUCAAGCAGCACAUCCUGGCCAUGAACAAGAACAACCCCCACUUCUCCUAUGACAACUGGGCCCCAACUCUCUACAGCAUCCAGUACUUCUGGUUCCUUCUGAAGGUCCGUUGGCAGAGACUGGAGGACAAGACUGAGCAAGGGGGUCUGGCCCCAAACUGCCCUGUGGUCCACCUCUCAGGACGUUGGUGCAACAUUUGGGACUUCAUGCAAGGCAACAGGCCAUUGGUGCUGAAUUUUGGAAGUUGUACCUGACCUUCAUUUCUUUUCAAAUUUGACCAAUUCAAGGGACUGAUUGAAGACUUUAGUUCCAUAGCAGAUUUUCUCGUCAUUUACAUUGAAGAAGCACAUGCAUCAGGGAAAUCAAGGGAGAGGAGCUGAUACAAGCAGCAGGAAUCUAGACCUGAGAUGUCACAAAUGAAGUGACUGCUAUACAGCUGCUGGUGAAACCCAUCAAGACUCUCCAAGCUCAAGGGGACAUUGUGGUUCAUCCAGGUCAGUGGUUCCCAGCUCUAGUGAACGCAGAAGCCCUUGGAGGGUUUGUUAAAACAAACUGCUGGCCCCCACCCCAGAAUUUCUGAGUUAGGUCUGGGUGGGACCCAAGAAUCUACAUACUGAACAAGCUCUGGGUGCUGAUGGUCUGGGGACCACACUUUGAGAACCGCGGCUCUAGGCCAGCUUUCACCUGGGCCAAGGAUCCUUUCUUCAGCCCCUAAUAGGUGAUCACCCAUCUUAAUUAUUCACAGGAAAUCUUACUCCUCUGCUGGACAGAUCUGUUUGGGAGGAAGUCCUUCCUUGCAAUGGACAGACAUGCCCCUUUCUGAAACUUCUACAGCUUGGCCUAAGCCCCUUGAAAUUUACAUAGUGAUCAGACACACCGCAUCUCCCUGAUUUUCAUGGAAAUCAAAGUCAUGAAUUUGUCCCGACUCUCAAACCCAGAGAUUGAGGAACGCUUGUCUGACCGAGUAGGAGUGUCAUUUACUCAACACUCCCAACAAGAUUCAUCUCUGUCACCCACCACCUGGCAGAGUCCAUGCCACAGAAUCAGAGCCCAGGAUGAGUAUUUAGGCAAUUGCUGGCUCAUCCAUGUGUUCUUAAGUGUAGAGAUUGCCAUUAAUUAAUUAUCAGCAAAGUUGGCCCAGCAGUGCUUUCUCCAUUGUGGGCCCUAAUUUCUGUGUCACAGCCACCUGGGUUGCUUAUUGAAAAUGUAUAUUCCGGGGCCCACGCCAGGCCCAUUGCUUCUUGAUUUAUAUGUACCCAAAGGUUUGAGAACUCCUUUCAGUCUACUACUGUUUUCAUUUAACUGGCAGCUUCUGUCCUCACUAAGAUUUUGGGGCAACUUAAACUAUUAGCACUUACUGGUCUAAUUUUAUGUAUAUUAAAAAAUUUCCACAAUAUUUAAAACAAACAGCAUAGGUUACAGGAAAGCAAAUGCAAGUACAACACAUCUCUUGUCAGGAGAGCAGCAGUGAUCAAAGAAAAGAGAACUUGGGUAGCUGCAGGUGUCUGUGGUCUCCACGGCUGAGAAGAGACAAUGCCUUGAUGUCAUCACAGCUGACAGCCAAAGCUGCUUUAACUGUCCUGCUGAUUUUACUGUUCUGCUCUGCAGAUGUCCCUCACCCCCAACCCAGCCCAUUUAAAUGUUUACUUUUAAAUGGAAGGGGAUUUUCAAUUGGCCCACUUGCCAAUUGAAAUUAUUGUUGCCCUUCUGCCUACUUAUGGGAGGUGGUACUCAUUGGUCAAUGGGCCCACAAACUGCCACUGGCCUUGGCCCCCUUCUACUCACUCCAUGUCUUAGGAACCUGGAAGGGGUAGCGCUUCUCACACUUUUAAUAUGCAUGUAAAUUAAAUGUGCAUCACCUGGGGGGCUCUUUCUAAGAUGCAGAAUUUGGCUCAGUAGGGCUGUGAUGUGAGAUUUUAUGUUUCUAACCAGCUCACCUAGUGAUGCUGAGGCUACUAUUCAACAAUAUUUUAUAAGUACCUGCUAUGUGCCCAGCCCUGUACUGGGCCUAGGGAUAUUGAGAAAAAAGAUAGGCACAGUUCCUGCCUCUGAGGAACUCACCGUUGGGGAGGCAGGUCUCUGUUCCUCUCUGGACUGCAAGUUCUCAGCUGCAGGAUGGUGAUGCAAACGCACACCUGGCCUCCUGUAGGGGGCCAUGAAGCUCCAGUGAGCUAGUGGGUGGACUGACCACCUCAGUGUGAUACAAAUAUAAGCUGGUAUUGUCAUCUACAAAGUUUUGAUGUCUUGGGACAGGUAAUAAAUACUUUAAACUAGGCCAGGCAUGUGUAUCUUGGUGUGAAUUUCUCCUGAGGGCUGGCUUUUCUUUGGGGAAGGGUACUGAGCAGAGGACUUUGAAGCUCUGAGGAGAUAGAGCUGAUUCUGCUGAUACACUUAAGCAACUUAUAUUACCCUGGGAGACAAAUUAUUAUAAACACAGGCCAUGUGGCUUCUGAAGGAACCCAUGACCACAUCAUCAGCGUUCCAGGUUCCCCAGAAUAGGACAAGUAGAAGGGGGCCAAGGCCAGUGGCAGUUUGUGGUUAUUUUUUCAACCUGUUGAUCCAUUAGCCAGUGAGUACCACCUCCUGUGAGUAGGCAGAAGGGCACCUUGGCAAAUGGGGUCAAUUGAAAAUCCCUUUCCAUUUAAAAUUAAACAUAUUUAAAUGGGUUUGGUUGGGGGUGAGGGGCAUCUCCGGAGCAGAAGAGUAGGAAACCUGUGGUAUGGAAUGAAAAUUGGGUUCUUUCCCAUCUGCAUGUUGUUUUGGAUUGGUUCUAUUAAUCACAUUUAACAACAGAUGGAAUAAUUAGAAUUUAGAUUUAAAGAGUUUGCCCAAUAUCACACUAAGUGUGUCAGGGAAAGCUUCCUGGAGGAGAUGGUGUUAAAGCAGUUGUUCUCAACUGAGGGUGAUUUUGGCUUCUAGGGGAAAUUUGGAAACAUCUAUUUGGAGUUGUCAUAAAUUAAGGAGGGGACAGUGCUACUGACAUUUCAUGACUAGAGGCCAGAGCUACUGUUCAACAUGCUGUAACACACAGGAUGGCUCCCUACAGAAAAAGAAUUAGCUAUCCCCAAAUGUCACUAAUGACAAUAUUGAGAAGUUCGGCAUCAGAGUUGAGCCUUAAAGGACAAGUAGGAGUUCAUUCUUGGAAGAGAGGCUGAGAAAGGGCAGAAGAGGUAUCAAUAUCCCUGGAGGUGACAUCUGCUCUUGCUGGAUGUGGAAGGGCUUGCAGCAGUGUCAGGGAAUGUAGGCUGUCAGCAGAGCUGACACAUCCGCCUCAGUAGCAGAAGUUGUAGCACCCAAACCAAAGAAAGAUGUUCCUGCUUGACUCACACCCCAGGUGUAGGCAGGCAUUGUGGUGGAAAGGGUGAUAGUGGGAGGCAGAGUGGGGCUGAGUGGGUCAAGGAAUCCCAAGCUUUUCACCCACCUGGCUAAGCAAAAAGCUGGAGGGAGGCUAGAGGGAUGGGCCAGUUCUCUGAGGGCCUGGUGGACUGCACCGGGGAGCUUAGGAUUUGUCUUGAGGGAGAAAAAAUCCGAGCAGGAGAGUGAUAUGGUCAGAUUUGUGUUUUGGAAAGAACAGUCUGGUGGAGAAUAAUUAGAAGAGGAAAAUGUUAGACUCUAGAGCAGUAGCUCUCACACUUUGGCAUGUGUUUUAUCUGGAAGGCUGUUAAAACAGAUUUGGUCAGUCUAGUGUUGGGCCUAAGAGUUAGCAUUACUAACAAACUCCCAAGUGAUGUGACACUGCUGGUCUGGGCAGUGCAUACUAGAGACCUGCUGCUGUAGACCUUUGCCUCUCAACAUAUGAUCCAGGCACCAGCAGCCUUGGCAUUCUGGGAGCUAGUUAGACUUGCAGUGCCAUCCUAGACAGACUGAGUCAGAAUCUUCCUUUAACAAGGUCCCUGAGUGAUUCAUAGCCACAUUAAAGUUUGAGAAGCCCUAGCCUGUUGGACUCUUAUACCUUGAAAAGCUGAGGUCUGGGAGGCAGGAGCCCUGGGCUUGAACCACUAAUUCCCUAUGUGAUCUCAUGUAUCCACCCGUAAUAGAAAGCCAGGCUAAAUCAGGGCCAAGGGCUACUCUAUCUGGGACCCUCAGUUAAAAGCAGGGAUAUUUAGUCUGCAGGAAGUGUGUGCCAUGCCUGUGGGGCUUGCUGCCUGGCCUCUCU